AUGGGUACCUCACAGCAUGUCGCCGGUGUGCCGAGUGGCGAUGUUAUCGCAGGGUGCCGUUGCACCGACACCAAGGAGAUCGGGCAGCAGGCUGUGCCUGUACACCGCCAGGGACAUUUACAAAAUAAAAAUGGCGUCUGUGAGACAACCACACCGGUUUCCCAGGAGGACUCCAUGCCAACGGAAACGCCUGUGACGAUGCACGCAGAAGCGUCAGGUUCUCAUCUGGGGUGGCCGGCACACCGGCGCUGCUCUGGGGGGCCGGUCUUUCGUAUUCUCGGCGACUGGGCGUGGGAAAUCUGGUUUUGCUUCAUAAGCGUGGCGUCCUUCAUCACAAUUGUCGCGGUCCUGGGAUCGUACAAUAACAACGCGCUGCCACAACUACCACUCCACAUCUCACUCAACACACUAGUCGCGCUGCUUGCCACGCUGGCCAAGGCGGCCCUUAUGAUACCAAUAGCAGAGUCCAUCAGUCAGUGGAAGUGGAACUGGUUCCGCACGCAUCGCAGCCUGGCAGACUUCCACACCUUUGAUCUAGCCAGCCGUGGCCUUUGGGGCUCCGUGUCGCUCAUCGGAAAGACACGGUGGCGUAAUAUUGCCACCGUCGGUGCGGCCGUGACGGUCAUCGGUAUUGUCACGUCGCCCAUCACACAGCAGACGCUGUCGUAUCCCGAGCGCCAGACAAACACCAACGGCACAGCCACGACAUGGGCUGCGCGCCACAUUGGAGACAGCAGCGGUCAGCCAUACCCCGAGUUCCUGCGGAUGGUCGGUGCUAUACACUCGGGGCUAGCACCUAACGGUGCCAACGCCUAUGCAGACCUCUCGCCCGAAUGUUCAACGGCCGAAUGCUCAUUCCCGUCAUUUGCGACGUUGGGCAUAUGCGCUAAGGUGGCCAAUGCGACGUCGCUGCUCAACAUCACUGUGCUACCGAAUGCUGGCUUCAACGACUCGUCAGGAUGGGGUGACGAGGCAACAAUCAACAUGCGUAUGGUCGCGUACAACGUCACAGCUCCGCAGCCCGGUGCCUGGAUCACAACUCCCGUGGCAUACACCAUGAACCUACUCACCCUCAACGAGUCAUUUUUCUUUCGCGACGACAGCGACGUGCGCUAUACGACCUUGUACGACGGCCUGCUGAUCUAUUCCAACGGCCCGAACAUGUCUUACCCCAACCACGACGUGGCUGCUGUGCCGCAAUUUCAGGCCCUCGAGUUGGUGCUGCAUCUGUGUGUAAAGACGCUCGAUGUCCGAGUUUCCGAGGGCCGGCCCGUGACGACGACUACCAGCGAGCAGUGCCGCAUCGUCGGUGACUUGCCUUCUGUGCCCGUCUUCAAGCACGACUGUGUGACGUGGAACAUCACUGGCGACGUGACACCCUUUGUCUGCGGCUAUAUGCCUACUUCCCCUUCCCGUCCCUACACCAUUACACUAGAUGGGCCAGGCGGCAACUUCUCCGUCCACAGCAAGCUGCUCACCGAGGUGACUGUAGACAUGCAUCUCGGCUUAACAUCGUUUUGGAACUGGAACGGUGGCGGCGGCUCAGCCGAGACGGGCGCCAAUGUGGGCAUGAAGCUGAUCGAUGCCGUAUGGGGUUCAACAGACGGCCUCGAGGCGCAGUACGCACGCCUUCAGCAGGUCGCCGACGGUAUUGCCAUAGGUGCUACAAACAUGUAA